AUGGAAGAAUUAGGAAAGAUUACCAAGAGUGGAGAUGUGUCAGUAGAGACCAAGACCAAGAUCAUCUACAAUCUCAUAUCCUCAGUUACUAUGUACAGAUGUAAAAAAUGUACCAGAUUCUGUGCUCAGCGAGCUCAAAAUGGUCAGUUAAGACGUAGCUACUGGAAAUAUGUUAAAGAACAGGUUUGGACCAGGGUUCUGAUCAAACAGGAAAAGAGAAAGCAAAAGGAAUAUUUUGAAAAGAAAAGUUUAAAAUCAAAAAUGAAAUUACUGGAAGUUCUAUCCCCUGUCAAAAAUUCCACUGUCAGUUUAGACCUCCUUAAUCUAUAUGUAGUAAAUCAGAUCUCUUGCCAGAAGAAAACACCUGAAACUGUGAGAAAACCAAUUCAUGUAAAUAUGAAGAGAGACAUAAAAAUGCCUCUAAGAAAGCAUAAUUUAGAACUUCCAAUGUCGCCUCCCUGUGUACCGUCUAACCUCUGCAUUGAUGAUAUAGAAAACAAUAUACAGUAUGAAAGACUAGGCAACAAGGAAGAACUUGGCCCGGUGCAGUCAUCACAAGUCAUGGACUCAUAUAGAAUGUUUGAACCUCAGUUCAACAGAAUAGAAAACUGCAGUUUCACUUCACCAUCUUUUUCAGCAGAAUUAUCUUCCAACAGACAUAUUACAAAACAAAAUUUCAUUCCCAGAAUAGCACCCAGUCCUCAGAAAGUUGCAUAUGAAAAACUGAAGGAGCAGCUCAGUAAUGUUAAUUGUUCUAAUUCUUUGGUUUCUGAAUUAAAUGAAAAUCAAGAUGCUCUCAGUUCAUCAUAUAAAACAGCACAAUUUGGAACAUUAUUCAAAAGAUUAAACAGUCCAGGAAAUAGGAAUUUUCUCACUGGAAGAUGUGCAGUAGUUAUGGGUGAAGAUUUUGGAAGCACAGAUGAGAGAAGACAGUCAGACUCCAUUAAUGAAAAACAAUCAGUACAAGAUAUUUGGGGAGAAAAUAGAAAAGAAGUUUCAAAUUUUCUUGAAGAUAUGAACCAGCCAACCUCCAGCCUUCUACCAGAGAAAAUGGACCCUCUUAUUAAUGAAAAUUUGAUCAAUUUAUUAAGCAUGGAUCAACAGAAGAUAAAGAAAACAUUUGACAAGUGUGGUUAUGAAAGGAUGGGAGAUAUCUGUGCAGUCACUAGCUCUGAUAAAAACCAUUCCACUGGUAGAUGCAUUAGAAGUAUUUUUACAGAUCCAGAGUUGACCUUUAGUAAUUUUAACUUUAAUACAGGUUAUCCGGAAAAGUGCCAACCAAACAAGAACUAUCAGAAAGAGUACAGCAAUGAUGAAAGAAACAAUCUUAGUACAUAUUUUGAGAAGGAUUGUUAUCCACCCAGCUCUGAAAAAAAAGGAAAAUUUGAAAUGGAUUACCAAGAGAAGACACCACAGAUAGAAAUCCGGAAAUAUCCAGUGAACCAUACGGGUAAUAUCCCUUUGGAAGAAUUGCAUUCUAAGCAAUCAUGGAACUUUGGACUUGGCGAGAAUCUGGUGGAAGGAGGAGGACUGUGUUCUUUAAAAGGCACACCAACAUCUACAAAGAAAAUCUAUCUUGAUUCUUCACAGAGUAGUCAGACCACCAGUUACUCUCCAAGGCCAACAGAUAGUUGUUUCAGUUCUAGUUCGGAAAUGCCAUCUGAAGAUGAAGAUCAAAUAUUGCAGCAAAUUGAAGAUUCAAAUAGGAGACCCAUCAAAACUGAAGAAACAACUAAUAAUUUUUAUUUAGAAAGAAUUGCAAAACAUCCACAUAAUAGAAUUAUUAAAAACAGUGUUGAAAUCCAUAAACAAAAGAGUUUUCCCAAGUUCUCAAUGAAAAAUAAUACUGAUGAGCUUGCACAGUCUCAGUGUAAUUCAACACACACAUUACAAAAUAAAACCAGUAAUAACUGCAUACUAGAGGUUAUAAAAUGUGAAGCAUGGGUGCAAACAGAGAGUGAACCUGUAAUGGAAGAAAAAUUAGAUGCUGCCAUACAGUGUGAUAUAAUUUCAAAAUGUAAAUGUAGAAGUGAUGUGUCUUUGUAUUGUUGA